UUGCUUUUAAGAUUAAACCCCCUCCCUGCAACAGAACGGUUAAUAUUAAUUCCUAAUUUUCUAUCAAGUUAUUUUGUUAAGCUCGUAGACUCCGAGCCGAAAGCUCGCGUUGGAACCAGCGCCUCGCCGUGCACUCCGCCGGACAUUUGCGUACAAACCUUUCCCGCAAGUCGGUGGAUCCACGUAUCGGGUCGGAUGUCGGAGAGACAAGCACUGGCAGUUGUGUUUCCGGACAGCUCGUUUGUCCAGCCCAUCGUCAUACCUUUUGUCCGGGAGGCGGAAACGCAGGACAAAAUAACAUGUAACUUAAAUGCCUUGGUUUUAGAACACAGUGAGUCCGGCGGUGUCCUAACAACUGGACCCUUUACUGUCGGUGGGGACCGGAUAAAUCUGAUCCUGCUUUUUGAUCACCCCAUUCGAUACAUAACGACGUCGCCAGGAAUAAGACUUGGCAGAAAUGCACGUGGACUCUCGAUCUACUGGCCUCGAGCUUCGGAACGUGGAAGGAGUGAACAAUGGUUUUAUGCAUCUGGACACUUGGAGACGUCGGCAAUUCGCCUGAGAAUUCGCCACACACAAAGCUCCCAAAGUGCCGUAGUCAAAGACCUCAUUUUCCAGCCGUCGCGUUCAGUCGCGGCCACUCCGAGCGUCUCGCAUUUUCGCCGCGUCUUCUUCCAAGCCAGCAACGCCAGAGCAUUCCGCCUGGCCGCGACAUCGAAGUCAGAGGAUCCGCCUUCGCACAUUGGUUUUGCGCUUGUAACACUUUUAUUCCUUUUCUUCGACGAUCUCAUUUUUAGUCAAGCCUCUCUUGGAGAUCUCGAGGCACUGCUGAAUUCAGUCACUGCAUCUCUUAAAGAGAGUUACUUGUCAGUGCGUCGUGAUAUAGUUUCCGAAUUCGGAUUUCAAGGCGGUCGGCUGAAGUCACGCGAAGAAGAACUAUUACUGGAACUAGAGACAAAGUUUGGUGAACGCAUGUCGCUAAUCGAAAGGUACAUUGGUUUGCUGGAAUUCGCAAAAGGUAAAACAGACGGUGAAAGUUUCGAGGUACUGGACUAUCCUUCGCCUUUGAACCGUUCAUACAGGAGUUCUCUAUCGGAAAAGUCGGAGAGCGGUCAAGCGGACUCGCUGGUGCUUUUCCCGCCGCCGUAUGCCGCGAGUCUUGCCGACAUGUCAGCGUGGCUUGCGUACACUCGAUUGCCGCCGGCGGAGCGUGACACUCGCCACCUGUUUCCGCCCACUCUCCUCUCACCCGCCAACAUGAGCCUGUGGCUGUCCGCCCCAGCGCCGAAGAAGGACCACCAGGUUUGUGCCAAGAGCCAGACCUGCAAAAACGAGUGGCUUUGUCAAGCGCCUCCGAAGCCCCAGGUUGACACCCUCGAGGCGAAGUUAGAAGCCAUGGCCUUGGCCCAGGAGAAAGACGAGGACAAGGAGGUAGACAAUAGUGAAGUGGUUGCCCUAGUGUGCCGCAAGCCCAAUAAGGGGGAUUCGUGCUGCAAGUCGUUCGGCAACUGCGCAAACAAGCCGAGCUGCGCGACGCGUCUGAUGGACGAAGUUGAGAAGCCGUGCAUUCGUGCCUGGCUCGCGCGCCAAUCCGUCCUGCCCGCCCAAUUGCAGGCCGAACUUGAAGGUGAGCAAUCGGAGCCACGCGACCCGGCGGUUGUGGCACAGCUCCGCAAAACCGCCAAGUCCGAUUUGUCGCUCUGGCUGGCCAAGAAUCGCAGUGAGGAACCGCCGAGGCCGUCUGGCAACCGCAUGACAUUCGUGCAGCACCACCUCGAACCCAACUGGAGAGAACGGUGGUUGAAAAGACACGAGCCCCUUGUCGCCGAGAUGUUGGACAGUCAUGUGGCGAAGAAGUCGAAGCUCGCCAACCUUCUCUUGGAUAGUCAGAAGAACCUGGAAGCCGAUCUCGAGGCCAUCGUCUACCAGUCGCCGUUCAAGUGCCGAACCACCGCAUCCUACAACUGGCUCCACACCAGCAAGAAAGCGGAAGCCGUGGAACAGCCGUGCGGACGUGCUCCGUGCCUCUCCGGAAUCGAUAAUCCCUGGAAGAAUUUGCUCGGUUUCUGCCCAAUCGGAAUUCGUUAUCAUUCCACACGUUUACCCAACCCGAAAACAAUUUUGGUGGCCCCGUUGACGCCUCAGAGGGGCAUCGAGCCGCCACCAGGCCUCCUCUCCUCGCCGUAUCGCAUAAAACUUGUGCCCAAUUUCGACAUACCCAGUGUCGACAAGACGUCUACUCGGCGUCGAGCAGAAUACGGCUACCCAAUAGACACUGCGCGUCACAGCUUGGACCUGCGAAACAACCGUCGCCACCAGCAGUUUCUGUACGACUUUGCUCUGCACACAUGCCUUGGAAUUGAUCGUGUGACUCCUCUUUCCAGCAUCCUUGAUUUGGCCUGUGGUGUGCUCCUUCCGUUUGGCGGGGAAUCCCUGAUGGAGAAGGGGAUUUUCGCGCUAGGCUUUGAUCACAUCUUGCGGCCAAUGAAAGGCGUCGAUUUUGCCCAGUGCUCAUUGAUUGGGUCAAAGUUUCCGCUGCGACCUUCGUCAAUCGACUGCAUUGUCUCAAUCUCAUUCGUCCAAUGGGUGACCGCGACCGAGAAUGAGCGUGUGAUUGGUCUUUUUGCGCAGGAGUGUGUUCGAACGAUGGCCAAUCAGGGCGGACACUGCAUCAUGCAGUUUUACCCAGCUAACAAACGCGACCUCGAUUCGAUUAGUGAGGCUUUCGUAGCCGCUGAUCGUGGCAUUCGGGGGUGUCGUUUGAGUGCCUGGCCUGUCGAAAACAGAGGUGUCAAAAUCUUUGUUUAUUGUGUAAAAAAUAGUUUACCCGCGGUCGGCGCCAACUGA